AUGGCCUCCUCUAAGCCCCAAAAUUCAUGUCAAAAACUCUUCAUUGCUUUUCUCUUAUUCCUCUCUUUAUCCCUCAUGUUCUUAGUCUUCUCUUUCAAGCCAAAACAUGAUCAUGGGUUUGAUGAUCACUCUCAACAAGUAGUCCAUCACCACAAAAAACCCUUAUCAAUCAAUACCAAAAAAUCAUGGGUCGAUGAUGUUAUCGCGAGGAAAACCGAUAGCGAAGCAAUCAAGGUUGGUUUAGUUAAUGUUGAUGAUAAUGUCAAGCAUGCAUAUGAUCAUCUGCAUGGACAAGUAGAGACUGUUACUGUAGAUUUCAGGCCUGUAUCCAAGGAGCUAAAAUGGGAGAGCUUUUUCCCUGAGUGGAUUGAUGAAGAUGCCAGGUGGCACCAACCGUCGUGCCCGGAGGUCCCAAUGCCUAGGCUGGAGGAUUACCGUGGCCUAGAUGUCAUUAUGGCUAGGGUUCCUUGUGGCAGUGGAUCAGAGAAGCAAGGGAUUAGGGAUGUGUUUAGGUUGCAAGUGAACUUGGUGGUGGCUAACCUUGUGGUGGCCAAUGGAUUGGCCAAGGGUGGUGAUGAUCGGACGGUGUAUGUUGUUUUCAUGGGGUCUUGUGGGCCUAUGCAAGAAAUUUUUAGGUGUGAUGAUUUGAUUACUCGUCUAGGAGAUUAUCUGGUGUACAAGCCUGAGUUGAGAAGGCUCAGACAGAAGGUGCAAAUGCCUGUUGGAUCAUGCCAGAUUGCUCCUCUUGAUAGAGAGACAGGAAGCAAAGAAAUACAGAGAUACUCCAUGGGAGAAUAUUCAAGAACAAGAAAGCUCAAUGGCAACAUCUUUUAUCAUCAAAGGGUUGCAUAUGCAACAGUAAUCCAUUCCUCAGAAGCUUAUGUCUGUGGAGCAAUUGCUUUGGCUCAAAGUAUAACACAAACCAACACUACUAGUGAUCUAGUCCUCCUCCAUGAUUCGUCACUAAGUCCAAAAUCUCUGCAAGGUCUUACAGCUGCCGGAUGGAAGACAAAGCUUAUACAACCUAUCCGAAGCCCUUUUGCUCGAAAAGACUCGUACAACGAAUGGAACUACAGCAAACUUCGACUUUGGCAGCUCACAGAUUAUGACAAAGUUAUUUUCAUAGACGCUGACCUCAUAGUCCUAAAAAAUAUUGACAAGUUCUUUGCUUAUCCACAAUUAUCAGCAGCUCCAAAUGACAAGGUGCUGUUCAACUCAGGGAUUAUGGUGAUUGAGCCGUCGAUGUGCUUGUUUGAAGACAUGAUGUCAAAGAGAAAUAAGCUGUUUUCAUACAAUGGAGGUGAUCAAGGUUUUCUCAAUGAAGUCUUUACAUGGUGGCAUCGGUUGCCCACAAGGCUGAAUUAUCUUAAGAUUUUCAAAAGACCAGGAAACCCAAAUCAUGAAAUGGAGAAGGGUCCUUACACUAUCCAUUUCUUGGGAUUAAAGCCAUGGACAUGCUACAAAGAUUAUGAUUGUAAUUGGGACAUGGUGGAUCGCCAUAUUUUUGCUAGUGACUCGGCUCACAAGAGAUGGUGGCAGGUUUAUGAUGCCAUGCCAAAGAGACUGCAAAAAUAUUGUGGACUCACAAAGCAUAUGAAUGCAAGGAUAAAGAAAUGGAGAGGGAAAGCUAAGAAUGCAAGCUUGCCGAAUGGUCAUUGGAAGAUUAGUGUAAGAGACCCAAGACAAUAUCAUCUUAUUGGAUAA